AUGUAUAUUAUAACAAAUACUGAGGACAGGAAAAAUGAGAACACGCAAAACGCAUCGUCAUCAUCAGAAGAGGAGUACUACUGCUUGAAAACAAUACUUAUAUCCAGUACUCCAGAGUCCAUGCAGCACAGUUUCGAGAGUUUAACUCCUGAUAUUGGCAGCCGUGAGCCGGCCGAGCCUCCUCCUGACCGUCCACGAACUAACUUCUACUUCUUACUUCUUCAACACUUGCCGCCUAGACACCUUCUUCGAGUAGGGCUAUAA